AUGUGCCACUCCUCCUUCGCUCCAUUGUGGGUAGCUGACGACAACGUCGCCGAGCACGAUUUGUUCCUGCAAGCUCGCACCGUAAGAGGGUACAGCCCCUGCAAUGCCGACGACCAGAACGUGCUUGAUAUUUGGAAAAGAACGGUGCAUGUUUGCGACGAGGUUGGUGGCUGGAUGACUUCCAAUCCCUGGGCAAACUGCCAUCACAACCCAGUGACCCCCUAUACGCCCUACGUGAUAGCGAUUGUCGUCACCUGUCCCCGGUGUUUGUCGGUUGCGGGCUUCUACAUGGGACGGUAUUUUGGAAAGGAAAAGUUCCUCAGAAGCGCGGCUCGUGCUUCGCUCCAGUCGGCGUUGGCGUCUGCUGCGAGCACGAUCGACUUCUGCGAUCCGUAUUCCGUCUUCGAUAUCCUUCUCCAUGAAAUAGUUUCACUACGUCAAGAAGAGCCCGACUAUGGGCUACUCCAUGAAAUCGCAAGACAUGCAAUCCACGUUAGCGAAACGCUGACCGUGGCUUCAGGGUCUGCUAAGGAUCUUCACCAACAACAUGAAGACUUUACGUCUUUAUACGUGAAGGACAGCAGCCAAUGGCGCAGGCACCGCAGCCCGCUUCGAUUCCCGCAACGGAUCCUCGAAGCGCUUCUUGCACGAUCCGAAUCCAAUAAAGCACGGCUUCAAACUGAGAUCCAGUUGGCAUUCCACACCGCUGCUCAGAGAGAUAGCAGAAUUCAAGUGCAAAUCGGAGAAGAGGCAAGGAAAGAGACCACGGCGAUGAAGGCGCUUGCCGUGAUUACGAUGACCUUCUUGCCUGCUACCUUUAUUUCGUCGGUUUUCAGUACGCCAUUUUUCCGUUACGAGGAUGCGAGCGAAGAGGCAAGGGGCCACAUUGCUGUAUCUGACCAGUUCUGGAUAUACUGGGCGCUGGCGGGUCCUCUAUCAGUGGCCACAUUUGCUCUCUGGGCGUUCUGGGACAGGACGCGGGCAAGAACCGGACUUGCGCGGAGGGUUGACGAUGCUGGACAGAAGGACAAGGAAGCGAGCAAUUCCAUCAUUCCCUGGCGUCAUAAAUUGGCAUCAAUCUAUAGAGACGUUUAA